CUCCGUUUAAUUGUGCUUUAAAUUGCUUAAUAGAUUGCUUCCCCAGAAGGUACCUAGCAAACAUACACAGUGGCAAUCUCGAUAAAAACCAUGUAAUGUCCUUGGAACGGGAUUAAUCGCAGUUGUAAAGCAGGAAAUUGCUGAAGUAAGGGUGGCACCGGCCCCAUGGCUCUGCCGGCCCAUCAACUUUCUGCUCGAGCAGCCCUUUUGCCUUGGCCAUCUCAUCCCCGCUGUAAACAGGAUUGCAUCCCAUCCAUAGGCUCUUAAUAAAGAGACAUCAGUACCCGUGCAGCUUAAACGGCCAGCUUUUUCAUACCUAAUGGCUUCGUGUGCCCACCAGCAGUGGUUGCGCCUGAGUGAGGACGAGGAUAGUUUUGUUCUACAAUAUGGGAGUCGGCUCUAUAACAUUACAGACGCUCUUCCACAUCCCGCAAGGCAGUACCCAUCCCUCAUUUCCUUCAUUGGUAAACGAUCCAAGGCAAGAGCGCUGCGAGCUCUAUUCCCUGGGAGCGGAAUAUCCGGUUGUCGCAGGUCCGGGAUUGCUAAUAUAUGCGUCGAUCAAACAUCAACGAACAGUGAUUAUCCAAUUCUUGUUACCGACAGCUCUCCCGAGUACACGCAUUCAAACCCUAGGGUAAAGGAGGCCUGCCAUGAGACCAUCACGCAUCACGUAUCUUGGUCGGAUGACGGAAACGGCUCACCAACGCAACAAGACCUCGUCUACCACGUCCAUGCUCGACUUCUAUCGCUAUUUACCGACGUGCUAUGCAUAUUCGCCGAUGACUGCGGCGGCAUCGACAUGGUGGCAGAGCUACUUGCCGUCUGGACAGCAAUCGGCUCCGCAUCGAGCCUACCGUCCAGCGUCCGUCCUCGGUUGGUCGUCGUCACGAGCAUACAUGGGACCGACUUCCACUCCGAAGCUCUUCGCUUCCGCCUUCGGGUGCUCUCAAAUUCCACGUUCUCGGACUCAUUCGCGUCUUUGAAUAUUGUGAACGUAUUGCGCUUGGGUCGAACUCGGAGAGAAAACUUUAGCGGUCUAGGGGAGGUCCUGGGUGAGGAGAUAAGAGCGGCACGCCUAGAGAGAGUCAAUACGCAUACCUUGUUCUCCAUGGUCCACCUCACGGCUUUCUUUGAUAUGGCACUGAGAGAUUUUGCAGCAUCACCGCGGUACACGUUCGACUUCAUUCGGCGCACACGAGAGGACAAUCCUGUUCCGCCAAACUUUCAGCGCCACCUGGCAUCGUUCAUGGCCUUGUGCUCUGAGCAAAAGCUGCCUGAGAGCAUCCUUUGGGAUUUCAUUGCGUCUGCGAUUGUCCUGGACUGCUUCCCUCCUGAUAUGCACUUGUUCAAUCCAUCAGAAGUCUUUCGCACCAUCUAUCGACCGGCGUGUCUCCUCGGAAUUCAUGAUUUUGCCACCGCCCGACAGCUCUCGACCGAGUUGAUCUGUGCGGAUAUCGAGGGACACAUCAUAUCCAUGUUCUCCCACAUGAAAUACGGUGGGCAGACUGCGGUAGCCCUCCGCGAGCAAAGCCUCAGGCGCAAUAAGGAGUACUGGCAGCAGCUAAGGUCCAAUGUCAACUGUUUUAUCUGCCUCCAGAGGAAACCAGAGCAUGUAAUGGGCUGCGGGCAUGGCAUAUGUGAUCCGUGCGUCUCCAUUACUGGAUUCAGUCAACCGACGAGAGGCAAGGAGUACCAUUACGAUAUCACCACCUGCCCCCAAUGUGGGGCCGACAUAUCCUUCCAGGCAAGCAUUGUGCCGCCAACAUGUGGGGUGCGGUUCCUGGCUGUUGACGGCGGUGGUUCAAGAGGCAUCGUAUCAUUGGGGUUCAUGGAGGAGCUCCGGCAGGCGCUGGGCUUGCGUUAUCCCGUCCAGGAAAACUUCGACUACGCCAUUGGGACAAGCUCAGGCGGCAUUGCAACCAUCGGGCUCUUUGGCAAGCACUGGACCCCAAAGAAAUGUAUUGCGUUUUUCCAGAGGUUUGCGAGGAACAUUUUCCCGUCUAAGCGCGAUAAUAGAGUGUCGAUCUGCGCCGCAAUCAAGCGGCUUUUUGCAUUCUACUUUGAGGAUGGCAAGUAUGAUGCAACCCUCCUAGAGGAUGUCAUGAAAGAAGCGCUUGGGCUGGAUCCUAUCUUUUCGCCGCUGAAGUCCCGGUCUUCGGGGAUCAAAUUCGCGGUUACCGCUACCACCAUAUCUGACGCAACACUCUGCCUGAUGUCGAAUUACAACGGCGAGGGCAGCCAUAGUAAAGAACUAAGUACCCCGCUGAUCAGAAGUAGGGCAAGAUGCACUACCGCUGCACCAACCUACUUCAAACCCAAAUUCCUGCCAUUAUUUGGCACGUUCCAGGAUGGGGGGUUGAAGUACAACAACCCAGUACGGCCCGGCCUGCGUGAGGUUCGCCGUAUCUGGAAAGACCGUGACUGUGACCUCGUCCUUUCAAUCGGGACCGGCUUCGAGCAGAAGCUGAUGUCGCCCGUGGCCUCUAACGUUCGAAACCUACUCCAAGAUGGAGCGCUAGCGCGGCUUUAUCGGGCUUCUAUGGAUUCGUUAUCUCUUAACGGCCAGAUGAGCUGGGAAGAUCAUUGGUUUGGCUUGGGAGAGGAGGAAAAGAAGCGGCAGUUCCGACUAAACCUACCCCUUGCAGGUAAAGAGCCCAAGAUUGACGAUGUAGAUCAGAUGCCGUACCUCUAUGACCAGAUCCGCCCCCAUCUAGGCGAUAUGGACGGAAUAGCCAGGGCUUUCAAGGCCGUAUCCUUCUUCUUUGAGCUAGACGAGCCCUUGGUGAAAGAUGGCGGGCGCUAUAGGUGCCGCGGAUCUAUCCUGUCCCGGAGCCCCGACAGCUUGCAUCUCGUGCAGAAUCUGGAAAACUGCUUCCCAUCUUCGCAGUUCUUUAUCCGGGAGACCCCCUUUGGCUCUCUCAACUCGAAUAAUAUUUGCCCUCUGUGUGGGCGCUUCCACAAAGCCGUCGUAUUUCAUGUGCGCCAUCCAUCCGACAUAGUCGAUGUGUACAUCGCGUUCAACAGGUUAUAUCGCCAGAGUAUUAGCUCGUUCCCAGAGUCGAUGCAGCGUUUUGAGGGGCGUCAGAAGAUCAGGGCAAAGUUCGGACAACCUGACCAUAAAAGCAGGAUUAAUCCAUCCAGGGACUCUUCUUGCAGGUGCGGCCUUCAGCGCUUUUGGAAAUCAACGCCGAACACAGAGAGUAAGAAGCGUCCUCUUAGUAUCUGGACAAGGAGCAGGAAACGGCGUUGUAUGUGA